CAGCGUUACCGUGAGUUCAACACAUUCCUCUGCCGAGCUGUGCGCCCGAAAGGAACCUGCUGACUGCUUGUAGCGCCAAAUAUCUAUCAGCGCACAGUCAAAUGAUGCUUUCUGUAUCUUUGGAGUUGCUAUUUCCUCAAUAUCGUGGACUUACAAACAUUUUUUGAUGGUGGAACUUGAAAUAAAAGGAUAUUGUCGUGGAAUCUUACUCCAAAAUUGAUAACAAUCAGAAAACUUUAAAAAGAAGCGGGCUGAAAACAGAGAGCAGAGGGAACAGUGCCAUGGUCGCUGGUUUUUAAUCUCUCUCUCUCUCUCUGAGCCAAAACGCCUCACCAGCUCUACCUGCCUUGCCUUCUUAUUUGAGCUGGACCGCCACCAUGAGAAGAACAUUUCAGCCUCUGCCACUGUGUCUCCUCUCGCUGUUGCUGCUGUCCCAGCACUGCUCUGCAAUCAAAUGGCUGGCCAUAUCGCGGACGCCCCCCUCGCUGCACGUCAACCAGACGCAGCACUGCAAGCAGCUGCAGGGCCUGGUCUCGUCGCAGGUGCAGCUGUGCCGCAGCAACCUGGAGCUCAUGCAGACCAUCAUCCAGGCCGCACGCGAGGUCAAGAAGACCUGCCAGAAGACCUUCGCCGACAUGCGAUGGAACUGCUCGUCCAUCGAGAGCGGACCGCCGUACCUCCCGGACCUCGAGAGAGGCACGCGGGAGGCCGCUUUCGUGUACGCCCUGUCGGCGGCCGCCAUCAGCCACACCAUCGCCCGGGCCUGCACGUCGGGCGACCUGCGCCUGUGCUCCUGCGGGCCCAUCCCCGGGGAGAUCCCGGAGCCCGGCUACCGCUGGGGCGGCUGCGCCGACAACCUGCACUACGGCCUGGUCAUGGGCUCCAAGUUCUCCGACGCCCCGAUGAAGAUGAAGAAGUCCGGCUCCCACGCCAACAAGCUGAUGCACCUGCACAACAGCGAAGUGGGCAGACAGGCUCUUCGGGACGCCCUGGAGAUGAAGUGCAAGUGCCACGGCGUUUCGGGCUCCUGCUCCAUCAGGACCUGCUGGAGGGGACUGCAGGACCUGAAGGACAUCGCCAUGGACCUGAAGACCAAGUACCUGUCCGCCACCAAGGUGGUCCACCGGCCCAUGGGCACGCGCAAGCAGCUGGUCCCCAAAGACAUCGACAUCCGGCCGGUGAGGGACAACGAGCUGGUCUACCUCCAGAGCUCGCCCGACUUCUGCUCCAAGAACGAGAAGCUGGGAUCCGUUGGCACUCAGGACAGGCAGUGUAACAAGACCUCCAACGGCAGCGACAGCUGUGACUUGAUGUGCUGCGGCCGGGGCUACAACCCCUACACGGAGAAGCUGGUGGAGAGGUGCCACUGCAAAUACCACUGGUGUUGCUAUGUGACAUGUAAGAAAUGCGAGAGGACGGUGGAGAGAUACGUGUGCAAAUAAGAUCCUUCUCCGGUCUCGCCUGUCCUCUCCAGUCCACAGAUAACCAAAGCACUAUGUACCAAGAAGGCUUACUUUUGUCUUAAGCUUCAGUGUGUAUAUUUUUUUGAUGAGAACCAUUUAUUUUUGUUUCAUUACUUUUGUUAUUUUU